UCUCGACGCUCAAGAACACGAGCAGCAUCUCCAGCCAUGGCGAUGCUCGCGAGGAUUUUCACGAAGAAAAAUCCUGACGCGGGUGGUGGUGAGGAUGAAGCACCAAAAAAGAGACAAACAAUGCUCGCUAGAGUUUUCACGAGAAAAGCAGCUGCUGAGAAGCCUGUUAUACCCUCAAAACCCAAGGUGUGGCUUGGGCAGUGUAAGAUCGAGGAGUUUGAGCUCGGGCGUGUCCUGGGGACUGGCAGCUUUGGCCGCGUCCAAGUAGCACACCACAAGGCCAACAAGCAAGUUUGUGCUGUUAAGUCUUUGUCAAAGGCGUCUAUUGUCAAGACAAAGCAGGCAUGUGAACACUCCUUCCGUGAUUAGUCAUGUAAACAGGUUGCUCAUGUGAUGGCAGAGAAGAACAUUCUUCAGAGGCUUGACUUCCCGUACAUUGUUAAUCUGCUGGGAUAUUGCCAAGACGACAGAUGUGUCCACCUCGUCAUGGAAUACGUUUGCGGCGGUGAGUUUUUUACUUAUCUUCGCCACACGGGUCGAUUUGAUGAAGCAACAUCUAGAUUCUAUGCUUCUCAAGUUCUUCUCGCCUUCGAACAUAUCCAUGGAAUGGAUAUUAUCUAUCGUGACUUGAAGCCUGAAAAUUUGCUUCUUGACGAGAAGGGAAACAUUAAGAUAGCCGACUUUGGUUUUGCAAAGCAAAUUGACAGAAGAACGUAUACUCUAUGCGGAACGCCUGACUAUUUGGCUCCAGAGAUCAUUCUCAACAAAGGUCACGGAAAACCUGUUGACUGGUGGGCCUUUGGCGUUUUGAUUUACGAGAUGCUCGCAGGGUAUCCUCCAUUCUACGAUGAUGAUGCUAUUGGAACAUAUCAGAAGAUCUUAGCGGGUAAAUUACAAUUUCCAGGACACUUUUCUCGCAGUGCGAAGGAUCUCGUAAGAAGGCUUCUCACUGCAGAUCUCACCAAGCGGAUUGGGUGUCUGAAGGAUGGUGUGGAUGAAAUCAAAAAUCAUUCUUGGUUUGCGAACGUGAAGUGGGACAAUGUCCUUGCUAAAAAGGACACUCCACCAAUAAGGCCGAAAGUAGCUGGCUUGGAUGAUACAAGCAAUUUUGAGGACUAUUCGAAGCUGGAGCCGAUGCACCAUGAAUUCGAGCUAUCAGCGGAAGAGCAAGAACUGUUCAAAGACUUGUAAGAGAUCAUUUUUUGGUUUCUGUGUUUUGUUUGUACAAAUUGGCAAAUUGCUGCUCAACCCGUACUUAGCUGUUGGGAGUGAUUGCACCAAAAAAAAAAAACGUGCUUGCUUCCUUCCUGUUA